CAGCUGUCUCUCCCCGGUGGCAGGUUUGCGGCUUCGUGGGCCUCUACUACAACGUGAUCAUCGGCUGGAGCAUCUUCUACUUCUUCCAGUCCUUCCAGUACCCGCUCCCGUGGGCCGAAUGCCCGGUCCACAUCAACGGAACCCAAGCCAUCACGGAACCGGAGUGCGAGAAGAGUUCGGCCACGACUUACUUUUGGUACCGUCAGACGCUGAACAUCACCAGCAGCAUCGACGACACGGGCGGCCUGAACUGGAAGAUGACGCUCUCCCUGCUGGUGGCUUGGAUCUUGGUGUGCUUGGCUGUCAUUAAGGGCAUCCAGUCAUCUGGGAAGGUGAUGUACUUCAGCUCUCUCUUCCCUUACGUGGUGCUCUUCUGCUUCCUGGUGAGAGGUUUGCUGCUGAGGGGAGCGGUGGAUGGCAUCGCGCACAUGUUCACGCCCAAGCUGGAGAAGAUGCUGGAGCCGCAGGUGUGGCGAGAGGCGGCCACGCAGGUCUUUUUCGCACUGGGCCUCGGCUUCGGCGGCGUCAUCGCCUUCUCCAGCUACAACAAGCGGGACAACAACUGCCACUUUGACGCCGCGCUGGUCUCCAUCAUCAACUUCGUCACGUCCAUCCUGGCCACGCUGGUGGUGUUCGCCGUGCUGGGCUUCAAGGCCAACAUCAUGAACGAAAAGUGUGUCGUGGAGAAUGCGGAGAAGAUCUUGGUGUACCUCAACACGAGCGUGCUGAGCAAAGAGCUGAUCCCUCCUCACGUCAACUUCUCGCACCUGAGCACGCAAGACUACGCGGAAAUGUACGCGGUCAUUAAGACGGUCAAAGAGGACAACUUUGCCCAGCUGGGCCUCGAUCCUUGCGUGCUGGAGGAUGAACUCAACAAAGCGGUGCAGGGAACUGGUUUGGCCUUCAUCGCCUUCACCGAAGCUAUGACGCACUUCCCGGCCAGUCCCUUCUGGUCGGUCAUGUUCUUCUUCAUGCUCAUCAAUCUGGGCCUGGGCAGCAUGAUCGGGACCAUGACGGGCAUCACCACGCCCAUCCUCGAUGCCUUCAAGAUUCGCAAAGAGAUCCUGUGCGUGGCUUGCUGCAUCAUCGCCUUCCUGUUGGGGCUGCUCUUUGUGCAGCGCUCAGGCAACUACUUUGUCACCAUGUUUGACGACUACUCUGCCGGCUUGCCGCUCACGGUGGUGGUGAUCCUGGAGAACAUCUCGGUGGCCUGGAUAUACGGAACCAAAAGGUUUAUGCAGGACCUGGAGGACAUGCUGGGCUUCCGGCCGUACUCCUUCUACUACUACAUGUGGAGGUACGUGUCACCAGCCGUUCUGGUGCUGCUCAUCGUGGCGACCGUCAUCGAGAUGGUCAUCAGCCCCGCGGGCUACAACGCCUGGGUGGAGUCCGAGGGCUCCGAGCGUUUCCACAGCUACCCUCCGUGGGCUUCAGCCAUGGCCUACUCCCUCAUCGUGGUGGCCAUGUUGCCCCUGCCGCUGGUCUUCGUGGCCCGUCACUUCAACCUGCUGUCGGACGGUUCCAACAAGCUGUCGGCGUCCUACCGCAAAGGCAUGAUGAAGGACAUGUCCAACUUGGAGGAGCAGGACGAGCAACGCUUCAUCCUCGGCAAGACCCCACGCCCGGCGCCCUCCCCCAUGCCCGCCCACCGCGCCUACCUGGGGCCCGGCGGCACGCAGGAGAUGACCAAUACCAACUACGGCACCGGCACCAAGACGGGCUACCAGAACAUCGGCUCGCCGGAGUCUGAGCUAUAAUGCGGCAAGCUCGUUGCACUUCGCCAAGAGGUUCCUUCCGAUUUUAUGUCUUUUUUUUUUUUUUUCCCCAUCAUUACCCAUUCGGUGGAUCAGGUCCAGAAAUGUCCAUUGCUCACUGGCUUUAUGUUCCGAAUAUAAAUACAAAUUGAAGCUAUAAGCAGCAAUGAAGGGGCACACCCAAACCCCCUUUAUCACGGCCAAUCCUCCGAAUGAUCAUCAAACUUCGACUCGGACCUGCAUGAGAAGGCCUUCGCCAAAAAUGGAGGCAAUUUAGCGUAUCCUCUGUUUGCUUCAAUUCGAGAUGAUGUGGGUGAAUUAACCUCGGUGGGGUUUGCCCAAGUACGAGCCCUGGAAUUGAAAAAAAAAAAAAAAAAAAAAAGGUUGCCUCAAAC